GGCCACUCCAAGGCCUCGAUCUUCCACGGUGCAGAUGAGUACCUUGAGGUGCUGAAGCGCAAGUACGAAGCCGAACUCAGAUCGGAAAAUGACCACGAGAUCGCAGCUUUGAAGAACGCCCUUCCAGGCGAAGGGGACGCAGUAGGCGCUGCACCCAGCAACGACAAGAUGCUCUCGGUCCAGAAGAACAACGAGAACCGGAGUCCGAAGACCAACGCUCUUCCCCACUUCGAAGAAGCCGGAUCCCAAGCCGCAGAAUCUGGCAUUCCUCUUCACCAAGAUCACUCCAGAUCCUGUUCUGAUAUGGCAGUUUUUUGA